AUGUUGGCCAUUCCCCUCAUGAAAUAAGCAUUUUUUUUUAGAGAAGGUUUUAUAUGUGGUUGGUCAUCAAAAUCUUUUAUUUCGUCAGUUUAACUUAAAUCGUCGGAAGUCUUGUUAAAUCGUGUACGGUCACCAAUAAAUCACCGCUCUACUAUAUCAUAUUGAUUUAACCUAGGCUACUGAGAUAUGGCACAAGUAACAAGAGUGAAUUAAACGAUUUCAAAAAUUCACUAUCUUUUGUUAGUACAGAUGUGUAGAUAGGCUACAGUUUUAAACAGCAGAUGGCAGUAGGCCUAGGCCUAGCCAAUUUGUUAGAAAAUUCCUGUUGACAUGUCAUUAUGAAAAUGAAAAAAAAAAGUUCAAAAGCCACCGCAUUUGAUAUUUGUCACUGUUAAAAACUAUCUGGAUUGGUGUUUAGGUACGUACUGUUAUAUAAUAAGAUCAUUAACUGUCAAUACAAAUCUACCCGCACUUGUCACUUUCUGCCUAUUCUCAACAAAGAAGUAGGCCUACGUUUGUGGAUAAUCGCAGGUGUGUCAACGUCUCCCGUCUAGAGCGGUACGUUGCCAAACGAGUUGGUCCACGAUUGAAACAGCCCCGGACAUAUGCAAAUUAGCGUUCACAUACACAGGUGAGGAGUGAGGGGCGAGGGGUCGGGACACGCCCGAAAAGAUGAAAGGAAACACCACGAGAGCAGGGUGAAAAUAAGAGUGAAAAGUGUUGACUCAUUCAGAAGAGCUGCAGGUUCCCGUGUGGACAGGUAGUCCAGAUACUUCUCCCCCCCAAGAGAGUACUUACUUCCUCAGAUAAAUGUGAAUGUUUUAAAACCCCACAAGUCCCAUUUAACAACAUUAAUGUCUACAACAACUUUAAGUUAUGGAUUUUGGGGUUCUGGAGGCAGCAGUGACUCUGGGCUUGUUGAAGAUCAUCUGCAGUCUUUUGUGUUUUCCUGCUCUCAGAGGCCCCUUCAAUCCCGUGGGCUUUUGUUGUAGCUGUCUGCUGAUCUUCACCGAUCUCCUCGUCACAGCCUUCCUCACUUUUCUGUGGUUGGCUAAGCCCUGGCAACCUCAUUCCUGGGCGUCCAGUGAUGUCAUCGUCCCCCGUCUCCUGCUGUUCCUGGACCACACCUAUGGGGCAGCGAUGCUGCUGACCGCACCUCUCAUUGUCGUGGAUACAGCCUGCAGGCUGUGGUGGCCAUUGGAGAGUGAGAAGUGGGGUGAGGGGGGUGUCCAUGCGGGUGACCCCGUUCCUCUGAACUCUGAGUGCCCGCAGGAUUGCAGCACGGGGGCGAGCUGCGAUUCAGAGACGGGGGCGGAGGGGGCGGGGCACGGACAGAGCGGCUCGCUCAUGCACCUGCCUGGCUUCCUGUGCAGCCUGCUGGUCUGGAGCUUCUGCGGCUGCAGUGGGGAGCGGGACUGGAGCGCAGAGGGACGGCUGGUGGGAGCCUGCCUGCAGGCCGGUGGCUCGCUCUCCUCCUGCCUCCCCGACCUGCUCACCGUAGCGCUGCAGACGCUGGGAAGUCCGUCUCGACCCCUGGCCACCUUCGCCCUCUCCCUGGUCCUGGCUUUGACCAUGGGGGUGCUCAGAGGAGGGUGGGGCCAGGGAGGCCCCCGCGCUCAGACGGACAAGCGCAAAGAGGACACGGACACCCCCGAUGCAGGACCAGUGGGGCUGGCGGUCCCUGCGUCCGUCCGCCAUGGCGUAAAGACUCACGCUGCACACACUGCCUACACCUCCUCUGGUGUGGCUGUCCACAGCAGGGCAGAGGACGGGCACACGCUGCCAACAUCGCCAACAAUGCUCACCAGCGCAGGCCACUGUUUACCGCCGCACAGCGACGGCAGGCAGGGACCAUGCGGCAAGAGCGAGGCCGCAGCCCUGUCCUGCCGGGGCGCCCCACACGGUUACGUACUCCUCGCGAUCCCCGAGAUGGGCACACGGCUCUCGAGCGCGCCACGCUGCUCAGCUUGCUCCGCUGCCAGUCCGCACGGUCAGCCGCACCCCUGCGGCGGGGGCCGGCGAGGGGGGCGGGACCAAGGAAGCGUGCUGUUCGGGCUGGUCUGUACCGCACUGCUCUGCCUGUUUCCCCCGACGAUGGCCAUUAACGGCAUGCUGAUCAGGAGCGUGGAGAGGCUCGCAGAGUGGAGCCUGAGACGCGUCCUGCCCGCGUCGCGCUGAGAACAAAGCGCUGAAGACUGAGGGGAAGACAAAAGAGACAGAAUAAAGGAUGACAGCACACGAGCACGGAUGCGGAGACGGGGUGGUUGUUAAUUCAGUUUUGACAGGGUGUGGGUGGAUGACAGCCUUACAGUCCAGAAGCAGGGAGGGCUGAUGUUAAAUGUGGGUAAACACACAAGUGUCUUAUUUACACAUGGCAAUAAAAAGACAUGCUCAAAA